AUGGAGAGUAUCUCACCUGGUGUCCGCUUGGUUGCACAACCAGUUUGGCGGAGCGACCAACACUACGUGUGCUCGAAAGAUUACUGGCAGCUCCGCCAAGCUGGUCGCACCACCACUAUUUCGUAUUGGGCUCUAUGGUGUUUCACUCACUCGGCCGCCAGUCGUGCUGCUAACGACGCGAUAAUUCUGAAUAUGUCAACUCAUUUGCUUUUUAGUUUGCAAACGUGCAUGAUGGAUAAUUUCGAUACUGAAAUAUUUAUUAUUGAUAUUCAAAAUAGACCAUCAAUUUGGGAUAGUUCCUCAGCAGAUUACUCUAAUAGAGAUUUGAAGAAGAAAUGUUGGGAAGAAAUUGUAGAUUUAUAUGGAGGAGAGGGGCAAACAGUUGAACAAAAAAAAGACUUAGAUAAGUAA